AUGGAGUAUAGUGAAAUUAAAGACACUGAUUAUAAUGAAACUAAAGAUGUCAAUUAUAAUGAAAUUGAUGAUGUUGAUUAUAAUAGUCUUGAAGAUACUAAUUAUAAUGAGAUUGAGGAUAUUGAGUAUAAUGACCUUGAAGAUGCUAAAUAUCUACCUACAUCAUCUAAAGGUAUUGUAAUUUGUUAUAAUAUAGAAAAUUGUGAAUCAUAUGAAGCAGUAUUUGAAAAUAUAAAUAAUUUAAUUAAAAACUCAAAUCAUACUGAAGUUGAUAUAAGCAAGGAUUUUAUUCAACAAAAUGAUAAAAUUUCACUUUUACAAAAAACAAAAGAGGCCAAAACAUAUAC